AUGGAAGAUCGAUACGCGCCGCCGUUUUGCCCGUGCGGAUGCCACGCAUCGUCGCCGGCGAAGAAACCGGUCGAACCGCCGUGCGAGCCGUGCUGUUGCUGUCAUUACAAUCCCUUUAACGACAACGCGAAGGAAUGGGCGUUGUACGAUCUCCCGUUCGCCCUGCGAAAACUGACGGUAAUGAAGUGCCAGAUGAAGAAGUGGCGCAUGGAGCGGCUCCAGCUCGAGAGCGAAAAUAGGUCUCUGAAACAAGCCCUACAAUCUUUCGGCGCGAAGCCUAACGAGAUAUUGGCGCCCGAUCCCUUGCACGUGCACUACCGCGAGGAAAAUGAGAGGCUGCAGAAUGCAAAUGAGGAACUGGCGGAAAAAGUUCGCGACCUCGAGGAGACCCUCGCCGAACGAGAUUGCUGCGACGAUCCAUGCGAGGAAGUUAAAUACGCGAGGGAGAAAAAAGCGGCGCUGAGAGAACGUUUCGCCGCCGAGAAGAAACAAAUGCGAGACGAGAUAUCGUGUCUGAGGUUGAAACUGGCGGAAGCCGAAGAGGAUACUUCCUGCGCUGCAUUAAACCGUUUGAGGGCGAAGCUUCGUGAGUUAAUGAAAGAUGGUCAGAAGGCCGAUCAACAGGUGCCGGUCUCAAAGAGCCGCGAGGAUCUAGUGAACUGUCUCGCCGCGCUGGACGAGGAGGAGCUCGACAGGUCGGCGUUGCUGAAUCGGCUUCGGCGCUGUAAAGAGCUCGUGGCUGAACUGACGGCGCAAUUGAAGGAGAAAACGGCUCAUGCGGAGGCUCUGCAGAACGAAUUGGAGGAGCGGAAACGCUGCGUUCCCGAAUCGGAGGUAGGCUUGGAUCGAACGACCGUCAGCUAUGAGAUUACGGAGCUGGAGAAGAUGCGGGACGUGAUGUCCGAGAGGAACGAUCAGAUCGUCACUUUGUUGGAACAAAAGGAGAGAGCCGAGCACGAAUACGCCGAGAAAUUGGCAGUCGUGCAGGCUAAGCUCGAAGCUUUCGCCGCGCAGGAUACGAUCCUGAGGAACGAGGCGGAGCAGCUGAAGACGCGCGCGGAGCGGUCGGAGCGGCAGCUCGCCGAGAGCGGAGACCGAAUAGCCGAGCUCGAGAAGCGGUGCGCCGACUACGAGGAAUUAUCGAGCAGAAUACAAGACCUGCAGAAGAAUUCGGUGGCGCUUAAGGCCGCGCUCGCAGAGGCGAAUGACAGUCUGCAGGCCCGGAAUACCGAAAUAGACACUCUGAGCGGCGAGAAGGCGAAAUGUUGGAAAGAGCUGAACGCCGCGCACGCGACGAUCGAGAAACUCGGGGGCGAGUUGGCCGAUGCGCGGAACAAUCUCGGGGACUGCGAGACGAAAUCGGGCAAACUGCUAAGUGACAAUGCGAAGCUUCGCGACGCAAUGGACGAGCUGCAGCUUGAGAACGACGAAUUAAGAGACACGGUCGCAGAUCUCGAGUCGAAGCUGAAGAGCUCGGAGGAACGGAACGAGAGAUUGGUGUCGAAGAACGCGCGCGCAGCUUCGGAUUACGCGGCCCUGUCCGCAGAAUUGGACGGAUUGCACGAAGACGAGCGGAGGAUGAUCGAAGAGCUGGCCGAAUUGGACCGCAGCAGAGGUGAAAACAACGCUCUGCGAGAGGAGGUGGACAAGUUGCGGCGCGAAAUCGCAGCCUUGGAGGAAGGUCUCGAGACAACGGUGUCCGAGCGUGACCAGUUGAGAGCUGAAAAUGCGUCAUUAGACGAGCGAGCUCGAAAAACACGGCAGGAACUGUUAAGGACAGAAGAGGGAAAUAACGAGUUGAGGAAAGAGAUCGAUAAGCUGAACGUUGAACUGCGUCUCUCGGAAGGAAAAUCUCAAGCGGCGCAAAAAGAUCUGGGCGGUGCGAGAGACGAUUUGCAUAGUCUCCAGGCUGAGAAUGAAUUCUUGAAGAAGGCAUUGGAAAAUGCUAAAACGGAAGCUAACAAACUUAAAGAAGAAAAUGUUGCCUUGAAAAACAAUCUUGAUAACAUGAUUAAGGAAUUGAAGUCUGCGAAGGACGAGUAUAAUGACGUUAAAGCAAAGGGGGAUGAUUUAUUAUCUGAAAACGGUUACUUAAGGAAGGAAUUGCAGAAGCGAACGGAGGAGACGGAUCGGUUAAAGCGCGAAGCGGCGGCAUUAAAGAAUGAUCUUGAUAGACUGUUAGGAGAGACGGGGAGGAUGAAGGACGAAAGUGCUGCUGUUACGAGUGCUCUUAAAGACGAUUUGUCUAGGACAAAUGUAGCGUUAGAUGACGCGACGGUACAAUUGGAAAAGUUUCAAGCGGAGAACAGAGUCCUUACGGAGGAAUUGGGGAAGGCUAAUGUAAAUAAUAGCAAAUUAUCCGCGGACUUCGAUGCUCUGCAAAGCGAAAUGGCGAAGUUGAAAUCGGAGAACGGCAAAUUGCUACGAGAGGCGGCUGAUGGGCAAGAAGAAGUAACGAAAUUAUCGCUCGAAAUGGGAUCGCUGAAGGAAGAAAUAAAUAAUAUGAGGCAGGACCUGGCGAGGGCAAAUAACGAAGUUGCAGAUUCGCGGAAAGAAAUAACCGGGUUAAAUAAUGAACUGAAGGAGGCGAGAGUUACGAACGAAGGGCUGAGGGAGGACAUUCACCGUGCGGAAGUAGAACGCGAGACUGUCAGAAUGGAAACGGAUGGUCGCAGAGACGAGAAUGAUAGGCUAAGAGCAGAGAUGAACGAAUUGAAGAAACAGAUGGACUUAUCGGCCGACGAGGCGAACAAAUUGAGAGUGCAACUCGGGGACGCCGAGAACCGGGUUAAGUUUCUCGAGCCUCAGCUGACUAAUUUGGAGAGUGACAGGCGCAAACUGCAGAACGAGAUCGAGAAAUUGAAACCGGAUCUAAGCGCGGAGACCGCCGCCAAACGAGACAUUCAGGAAGAAUUAGCGGCGCUGAAGAGCGAGAUGAAGAAUCUGAUCUUGAAGAUCGAUGAGCUGAAGGCGCAGAAUCAUAACCUGAAGGAAGAGAGGCACGCCCUCAAGGGUGAAUUGUCGUUGCAGAGCGAGCAAUCGUCAAGCCUGAGAGCCACGAAUGCCGAGAUGAGGAGCGAGAUCGACGACCUGAGCCGGACUGUUUCCGACCUGCGAUCGCGAGUGCCUAAACUGGAGGAGAAUAUCGAGUAUUGGAAGAUGGAAAACUGCAAACUCCAAAUAGAAGUGGAUAAGUCACACGCCGAGAAUGAGAAGACGAAGGAGAACUUAAGCAGCUGCCAGGUCGAGCGAAAGGCGUUAGGGAAGGAGAUAGCUGAUCUUAAAAACGAGAAGAUUAAGCUGGAGGGAGAACUCGCGGAGCUCAAAAAUCAGGCGAAAGGACUUGAGCGGACCUCGCUCGCCGAAAAGUCCGCGAAAGAUGAGAUGGCGUUGAAAUUGGAGAGGAUCAACGACGAGGUCGUUAAAUCGAGGGAGGAAGUUGGAGCGUUAAAGGAUGAAUUGAUGAAAUUAAGAGCGGCGAACGACAGGAUGAGAAGCAAAGAGGACGGUUUGUCGCGUGAAAUAUCAACGUCGAAGAAGGAGCUCGAGGGCCUGAAGGGUGAGAUAUCGGCUGUGAGAGCGGACAAUGACAAGCUGAAGUCGGAAAUAAGCAUGUUAGCCCGAGAGAAUGACAAAUUGAGGGGCGAUUCGGGCGAAAUGACGUCCGAAAUUGCCGGAUUAAAAUUGGAGAAUGCGAGUUUGAAAGAAGACCGACGGAAAUUCGAGAAGGAGGUGGACCGGCUGAGGGGCGAAGGCGACGGGCAGAGAGUCGAAAUCAAAAGUCUCAAGUCCGGUCUGACUGCUGCGCAGGCAUUAUCGGAGGAAACUCGAUCGGAAUUAUCCGCUUGCCUAUCCGAGAACGACAAAUUGAAAGCGGACUCGACGAAGCUGCGGGAAAAUUUUCAUGCGCUUAAACUAGCGAAUGACGAGCUGAACAAGGCAUCGAUCGACGCGGGGAACACGGUGAACAGGCUGCGAGACCAGGCGGCCGCGUUGCUGGAUGAGAAGGAAGCGCUUCUGAACGAGUUAUACGGUUUACGAGCGGAAGUGAGUGGGUUUGGUAAAGAAGUUGCGUCGGGCGAAGCCGCGAGGAAGGCUGCCGAGAGGCAGGCGGACGUCCUAAGCGGCGAAUUAAAGGCGCUGAAGGCGGAGCUGGAUGAGACGCGUGCGGUAAACGAAACUUCCAAGAGGAAGCUGAACGACGCGAGUGAACGCCUCGUCGCGUUGAAGAGCGAACGCGACAGAAUGACGACGGAUCUCGAUACGUCCAGGAAUGAGAACGGCGCGCUGCGGGGAGAGAUCGACGAGUUGAAGAGGACACGCGAGGAUGCUGAAACGAAGAUCAAGUCCCUGGAGAAACAGCUCGGCGGUCUGGCGGAUGAGAAGGAGAAGCUCGAGAAAGAGAGGGGCGAAUUGAAAGCUCAGGUUCAAGCCGUCGAGCUGGCGAGGGAUGACGUACGGGCGCGACUCGAUAGCGCGACCGAAGCUCUGCACGCGGAGAAAACAGGCAGGAACGCCGCUCUCGCGGAGUUGGAAGCCUUGAAGAAGACCGUGGCUCAUUUGCGAGACGAUUUAGCCGCGUGCCGAGCGGACAACGAACGGCUAACGGGCGAGUUGGCCGUCUCGGAGGAUUUAACGUUGCAGUUGCGGGAGGAUCUGCAGAGUGUCGUGGCCGAGAAUGAUCUACGGAAGAACGAGAUUGUUCGGCUGAAAUCGGAGAGCGAUAAGUUGAGCGAAGAACGCGACAGGAUGAGGGACGAAUUGGACAGGUGGAAAGACGAUCAGAAAAGAUUAAAAGUGACGACUGAGGACGUUGCGCUAGAAGCGGAUGAAUGCAGCGACUAUGUUAAGGCGAAUGAAUUACUGAGGAAACAGAUUGAAAAGCAAUAUGACGCCGUGCAACGUAUACGCGAUUACAUAUGCUUUGUGGACGGCGAAACAUCGACGAAACCCGCAAUGCCGAUAACGUUGGACGACGAGCUCGGCGAAAUCGAGCGGUGGACAGUUCCGUCUAUCGUGGAAUUAUUAAAAGAAUCGCGCAGACUGUCCGGGUGUAUCUACUCGGCGGAAACGGAUGUACGUCGCAUCGACAAACUGCUGCAGCUGCUCGACGAGUGCAGAACGGACAAGGAAAAAUACGCUAAGCACUUAUCGAGGCUCGGCGUAGAUGUUACCGAAAUUGCGGAUAAUGGCGAUGAGCUUGCAGCUUUUGAUCCUGAAUUUUGGCUGAAGUCUCUGACGCUCACGCAACUGGCCGAGCUACACGACAAGAUCUGUCUGUUGACUUCGAGUAUGGUGCAAGAGGACGACGCUCCUGCGGCCCACGAUCGACCGACGAUUAAUUGGGACCACGGCGAUCCGUUGAAGGCGGAUUACGACGCUUUAAACCGGCGAAUCGCCGCCUUGCAGAAGCAAAUAGCUGAGAAGCAGAUUGAAGCGGGGUGGAAGCUGCGGGAAUUAAGACAGGCUCUUCGUCUUGAGCAGGCAAACCUCAUUCAAAUCUCCGACCGGAUGAAUCUCGAAAGAAAGCGCAACCUGGCCCUCUAUCUCAAUAUAGACCGUGCGACGUAA